GUCCGGCUCGCCGUACGGAGACGUGGGGGCAGCGUGGUUGCUAGGAGGCGGCGACGAGACGAGGGGGCUUCGGGUAGCGAAAGCGCCGUUUUCGGGACGUACCGGGUGACUGGAACAAAAAACGAAUGCUUUUGUCUCGGAUUUGACACAGGUGAAGUGGCCAGGAAGCUGCCUGCUCUGAGGACAAGAAGUUGCCGAUGAGCGCAGUGGCCCUGCCCACUGCGAGAGCGGCUGAGGACCAGCUGCACUGUGUCUCGGGGGCUCACCCUCCACCCCAUGCCUACCUCUGUGUGCUUCCAGCCACCUCCACAGCAACCAGGGCUGGGGGCGUUUGGGAUGCGUGCACCAGCAGCGCUAAUGCUAAAAGGGACGGAGGUGGAGCCUUCGCUGUAGUGCCUGCCACCCCCCGACCUUCCAGCGUUCCCCCGGUCGCCAGCCCCAUCUCGCUGGAGCCCGGCACCCCCGGCUCUGGGCCCUCCUGGCCCUCCGAACCCGCCCGGCUCCGCUCAACCCUGCUCGGCAAGAGGGCCUUUUCCCCGCAGCCCGGCUCCGCCUACCCGACUUGCCCCUCCCUGCCAAAGGCCCCGCCCACCAUGCCCACCAACCAGUCUUCCCCCUGGGACAGCCACCAGCUGAGGGGUAGCCGCGACGGAACUACGCGCCUCCCCGAUGCCUCCCUCAUCCUGGAGGCGGCCUGGCCUCAGCGCGAGGCGGUGGACACGUACGGGGCGGCUGAGUCUCGCCUGGGCCCCGGGCCCGCCUCAGGGGUGGACUCACGUUCCUCCUGGACGGAGGUAGCGCAGGCCCCCCCCUGCCCUGUCAGCCCCCUUUCUUUAGCCCCACCUCCGUCCCUGCCCCCUUCCCCGCCUCUAGCUCCAUACCUUUCCGAUGGGAUCGAGGAGCCCUGCUCCCUUCCCGCGGACGCCUCCAGCGCCCCCUGCCUCGACGCCGGCAGCUGCGUUUGUGACGUGCCGUGUUCUGCCGCGGUCAGUCGUGGCGGCGCCGGCGACCGCGCCCAAAGUAACCGCGCGUCUCCUGAACGCCACUCCGUGUGCUCUGUGACCACCCAAAUAUCCUCCAUACACCUGACCAAGGAGAGCCAUCCGCAAGAUGGGGACCCCUGCUCUCCCAAACCUCCCCUCCUGGAGCACGGCACUGUCAGUCAGGAGACCAUCGCUGCAUUGCUGGGCUGCGGUGAGGAAGAGGAGCUGACUGGCAAGCUGGGGAACCAGUGCAGCGGCGAUGAUGACAAUGGGUCCGAAGCCUCCACUUUGAGUGAGGCCUCCGCAGUCACGCUGCCUUUAUCAAAUGUGGAGGAGCUGAUGACCUGUGAGGACUGCAGAACAGAAAAGCCAGCCCUGGUGCCAAGCCUGUUUCCCUCUACUCCCCCGACAUUGUACUUCAGCACUGCCAAUGAGAGAGUGGAGAUGUUGCCUCCAGAGCAGAGCAGCCUGCUGAAGUGGAAAAUAAGCUCUGUCACGCCGAAUGUGGUGAAGAACACCCUCACACGCUCUCACUUUAAACACACCAAGGAAGGCCAUGACUGGCUUGGCUGUUGGGGUCACCACAUGAAGUCAAUAGGAUUCAGGGCCCUUCAUGAGCACCAGAAGCUGAACCACUUCCCCGGGUCCUUUCAGAUCGGGCGGAAGGACCGGCUGUGGCGGAACCUGUCCAAGAUGCAGAUUCUCUUCGGCCGACGGGAGUUCAGCUUCCUCCCACAAUCCUUUGUGCUUCCGCAGGACAGGAAGCUGCUGAAGAAGGCCUGGGAGGCGAGCGGCCGGCGAAAGUGGAUCAUCAAGCCGCCAGCGUCGGCGCGGGGAAACGGGAUCCAGGUGAUUCACCGGUGGGGCCAGCUGCCCCGCAGGAGGCCUCUACUGGUGCAGAAAUACCUUCACAAGCCCUUCCUGAUUGACGGGAGCAAGUUCGACCUGCGGAUCUACGUGUACGUCUCGUCCUACAACCCCCUGCGCAUCUACAUCUUCACCGACGGCCUCGUCCGCUUCGCCAGCUGCAAGUAUUCCUCUUCGAUGAAAAGCCUGAGCAAUAAGUUCAUGCACUUAACAAACUACAGCGUGAACAAGGAGAACUCCGAGUACCAGCGCAAUAAUGACGACCAGUCCUGCCAGGGUCACAAGUGGGCUUUGAAAGCGCUCUGGCAGUAUCUGGGCAGGAAAGGAGUGAAUACCACGCAGAUCUGGGAGAAGAUCAAAGACAUCGUGAUAAAAACCAUCAUUGCGGUGGACCCGUACGUGAACGCGCUGAUUCAGACGCACGUGCGCUCGGCCUACAGCUGCCACGAGCUCUUUGGCUUUGACAUCAUGCUGGACGAGAACCUGAAGCCCUGGCUGCUGGAGGUCAACAUCUCCCCUAGCCUGCACUCCCACUCGGCGCUGGAUUUGAGCGUCAAGGGCCAGAUGGUGCGGGACGUGCUCAACCUGGCCGGCUUCGUCCUUCCCCGACAGGAGGCGGUCCGUGCGGCCGGAGGCGGCAGCAGCAGCAGUGCGUGUGCUGAGGGGAAGGAGACUGCAGGAGUCCGGUCACAGCUGGCUGCGGAGGAGAAGGCAAAGAGGGUGCUCUAUGAAUGCCGGCGCUUUGCAGACCAGGAGUUCCUGUCCUCCGUGCUGGACGCCCUGACCCCCGGCGACGUGCGGGCGCUGGUGGAGGCGGAGGACGAGCUGAGCCGGCGGGGGGAGUUCGAGCGGGUCUUCCCCUGCCCCGUCUCCUCGGGCUACAUGCGCUUCUUCACCAAGCCGCGCUACCUCAACGUCCUGCUCAGCCAAUGGGAGCAGCAGCACGGGGCCGACAGGAGCCGAGGUGUCAGCCUGCUGAGGGUUCUCUGUCAGAAGGGUGUGCAAUUGGACAGCGCCUCUGACUCCGCAUGUGCUAAGUGUGAACCCAGCAUGACCCUCUCCCCCACACAGGAUGCUGUCACAUCUGGUGUGGGGUCCGGGGACCAGGAGGUGCUCCAGAGGGAUCUGUGAUCUGGGACCCCCCCCCAGCCUCUCUGACACGCACCUGCUGGGACCAGCCACUCCCAGCCCGGGCCAACCACAACCCGCCCCCAAAACACUGUGUGUGACAGCGACCUACUGCUGAUGCCCCCCUCUACCCUCAAACUCAACUCCCCCCCCUCUCCCUCACUGUGCACGCUCUGGGCUCCAGCAAGCGCACACAGACCUGCACAGUCUUGCUCCCAUCAUCCCACGGAGGAUGUCUGGAGAGGGGAGGGGGGAGAGGAUGCCUCCUGUGAAAGAAGUUUGGAAAUGGCCGACCUCAGGCGUGCUCUUGUAGUUCCAUGGGUUACGCUAGUCUCAGCUUUGUUCUCUCAGGAGUCUGGGGGUUGCACUGACCUCAGCUGUGUUCUGAAAGGAUCCUGUGGGGUAUGAUUGCUUCAGCUGUGUUCUUGGAGGGGCCUGUGGAUUAUGCUAGCCUCAGUUGUGUUCUAGCGGUGGUCUGCGUGUUACGCUAGCCUCCACUGUGUUCUGCUAGGGGGUCUGUUUACACCAUCUCACGAUGUCCCUUCUGAAAAACACGUUUACAUUUGAACUCUGGGACUCAGGGAUGUAACCAGCAAAUCCUUUGGGCCGGUCAUGUCAGAAAAAUGCUAGAUAUGUGUAUUUUUAAUUAAAAUAAAACAGUGAUAAUUGUUGUCAAUAGAACUUUUUAUCAUUUGAAUAAUGUAGUUCCUGUUGAAGGGAAACUUCAGCUCAGGGUCAGGUUUUGACAUUAAAGAUUUGAAGUGAA